AUGGUUACUGCUUCGUACGCCUUCUUUGAGGCCCUUGUUGAGGCAGGGGUAUCUCACUGCUUCGUCAAUCUAGGAUCAGAUCAUCCCUCUAUUCUAGAAGCUCUGAUAACACUUAAGAGAGAGAAUAAGGGUCCAGAAGUUAUAACAUGUCCAAACGAAAUGGUAGCCCUCUCUAUGGCCGAUGGAUAUGCCCGUCUAACCGGAAAACCUCAAUGUGUAAUCGUACACGUCGACGUAGGAACCCAAGGUCUCGGAGCCGCCGUCCACAAUGCCUCAUGCGGACGAGCCCCCGUUCUCAUAUUUGCCGGUCUCUCCCCUUAUACAAUUGAAGGAGAAAUGCGAGGAUCGCGAACAGAAUACAUUCAUUGGAUACAAGAUGUACCGAAUCAGGCUGAGAUCGUCCGACAAUAUUGUCGAUAUUCGUUGGAGAUUAAGACUGGGAAGAAUAUUAAACAAAUGGUCAAUAGGGCACUUCAAUGGGCUACUAGUGCUCCUACUGGACCCGUAUAUUUGUAUUCGGCGAGAGAGGUGAUGGAGGAAGAAAUAGAUGAUUAUGAUUUGAUUCAGGAACAUUGGAAUCCAGUGGAGCCAGGUGCACUUUCUGAAAGUUCAGUUGCUACGAUAACGGAAGCUUUAGUCAACGCGAAGGAACCAUUGAUCAUCACUGGCUAUAGUGGUCGAAAUCAUAAGUCAGUAGGGGCUUUGGUGGAGCUAGCAAAUACCGUGAAAGGCAUCCGUGUGUUGGAUUCUGGUGGUAGUGAUAUGUGCUUUCCAGCUGAUCAUCGUGCUUGGCUGGGCUUGAGAUAUGGAAGUGAUAAGGCUAUUGAAACCGCCGAUGUUAUUCUUGUCAUUGAUUGCGAUGUGCCUUGGGUCAAUACUUUGUGUCAUCCUUCAAAGUCGGCCAAGAUAUUUCAUAUUGAUAUCGAUCCACUCAAACAACAAAUGCCGGUAUUCUACCUUGCCGCACUUUCCCGCUACCGAGCAGAUAGUUAUACAUCUCUAUCCCAACUGAUCAAGUACAUCAAAAAUGCUCGUGAUUUUACCAACACACUCUCUUCCCAACCAUACACCAAACGCUGGGAAGCACUCGCUACAGACCAUACCCAACGCCUCGAGAACAUCGCCGCCGCCUCAAAGGUUCAAGAAGACGAUACUUUCGGCACCGGAUAUCUCUGUCAACAACUCCGCAAGAUCGUUCCCGCCGAUACAAUUUUCGCCAUCGAAGCCGUAACCAACACUGUUUUCGUAGCAGACAACAUUCAAGCUACUCUCCCCGGUUCCUGGAUUAACUGUGGAGGCGGAGGAUUGGGAUGGUCUGGAGGUGGAGCUUUAGGUAUCAAAUUAGCUUCUGAGGUUCAGAAUGGGAAGGGCAAGGGGAAGUUUGUCGUGCAGAUUGUGGGGGAUGGAACAUUUUUGUUUUCGGUCCCUGGAAGUGUUUAUUGGAUUUGUCAGAGAUAUGGUAUUCCGGUUCUGACUAUCGUGUUGAAUAAUAAGGGUUGGCACGCUCCACGACGAUCUCUCCUUUUAGUUCAUCCAGAUGGAAUCGGAUCAAAAUCCACAAACGAAGAACUCAAUAUAUCCUUUGCACCCCACGUGCCCGACUACGCGGGAAUAGCUAAAGCUGCAUCGGGCGGUAGCGUCAUGGCUGAGAAGGUUGCUAAAGCAAGUGAGUUGGAGGGAGUUCUUUUGAAGGCGAUAGAAUGUGUUAAGGGGGGUAUGACGGCGGUGGUGGAUGCGGUUGUUGUACCGGGGUGUUAG